CAGACGCGGCUAGUUUAAGUUGCCAUAGCUCGGUGAAGCUGAGAGUUGUUCUUCUGUUAGCAGAGCGACAAAACGAAGGCUCAUUUGUAACUUUUGAGGCAUAGGUCUUAACAGUUUUUACCCUGUAGCAGCUAGACAUAUACAGUGUUUCGGCAUUUUUGCUCGUUUCUGUAGGAUAAGAAGUUGGCUAACGUUGGGUUAGCUUGCUAAUGUUCACAGAGGGUAGUUGCCAGUUGCCACUUGUUGCUAGCCAGGGGGAGCAUCACCCACAACAAUGCAGCCCGACACGGUGAUUGACUGGGAAGAGGGGUACCGUUUGGACUGUAACUUUAGUGUUUUGCUGAUAAGAUAGCUUUUUAUCUGUGUUAGUCGUUGGUUUAACGAUGACAACGUCCCUGUGUUUGCAUAUCACUAAAAUAGGUAUUGUAGUCAAACUCCAGAUCCCGCAGAGUUUGUGGUUUAAUCUGAUUAACGGUGCGUUCAAAGCUAGCGUGGACACCGAGGGAGAAACAAGCUAGUAUUGGUUAUUUAUCAUCAGGGUUUGACGUUCAGCCGCUUUCAGCCACUCCGUAGUUAUUGGACGUCUUAUGCUAUGGAUACGACCAGUGAGUCUGAUUCCUAUGACAGGACUCGGGGUCCGAGGCCCCGGGGGCGUGAAGCCCACCGCAGACCCAGCCGUGACCGGGGUAGAGUCAGUGGAAGUACGACUGACGACCGAGGGGCAACCAUCUCUGAGAAAAUCAGCACUCUGGCAAACACCUUACAGAGCACAAGCAAAAACUUGACAAAAGUAGAUCAGAUGCUGGGCCAGUACAGGGAGCACACAGAUGAUCAAGCUGAAACCAUGGCACUGCUCAGGGAAAGCCUCGAGGAGUCAAUCAGUCAGCUGCAGGCACAGAGGGGAAGCAGACACAAUGGGACUCGCAGUGCCUCAGCUUCAGCCUCACCUCUGCAUACCAGUGACCUGGACGUUUGUUCAGGAUCAGAUGGCCAGCGUUUUUUCCCCACCUCUCCACUGAGGGACUAUGGAAGUACGCCAGGAAGGAGGAGGAGGCGGUCCCAGUCUGCCAGCGUUCACUUCAAGGAUACCAGUAUGUCGAAAGAAGAUAUCCACACUUUGCACCAAUCUUUGAGGGAUCUGCGCUGUGACCAGGAGAGACUAACGGAUGACCUGGAGAGAGAAAUUCUCCGAAGGAAUAGGGCUGAUAUUGACACCAGGCGAGCAAUGGAGAGCCUCACAGAGCACAUGACAGCCUCCCAGAGACAGGACUCAGUGUCGUCUCGUGUGGAGCGCCGUCUGCAGGAGCUGGAGAGGGAGAUGGCCAGUGAACAAAGGAGCAUGGAGAGAGGGAGACGGCCUGAUCAACGGGGAGCCAUGUCUGAUGGGCUGCAGGAGUCUUCAGGCAGACACCAGGCCCUAGACAGAGAGGAGAGCAUGGCAGCCAGGCUACUGAAAGUUGAACGAGAUAAGUCAAAGAUGGAGCAAGAACUGGAUAGAGCAAGGAGACUGCUGGAACAGUCAGAGGAUAGCAGAGAGUCCCUCGUUCAGCAGGUGGAGGACAUGCGUGGGGAACUGCUGAGGAUGAGAAAGGGGAAGACUGAGCUUCAGAGGGGCCGGCUGGAGACGUCUCAGUCCAUUGCACAGCCACAUGGCAACCACAUUGAGAGGGAGGAGGGAAGAAGUGGACCGGGGGGAUCAGACCGCACCGAUCUGGAGAGAGAAGUGGCAGAGCUGCGAGUUCAGCUGUGCAAGGCUUCGGUCUUAAGUGAAGUUGAAGAACUGAAAAGGGCUUUGGAGUGCCGGGAGAAGGAGAAGGUCCAACUCAGCUUGGAGGUGCAGGAGUUGUCUUCAGACUUGGCACGGCGGGAGCAACAGCAGCUCCGAAUGCUUGAACAGUUGCGGGAAAUACAGAGCCAAGAGCAGGAAGAGAAGAAGGAGAUGGAAGCAUUACUCCAGGAGAGCAAGAGGAGCAGAGAUGAACUAAAGACCAGGGCCCAAGAGGCUGUACGUCAAUGGAGGGCAAAGUGCAAGAGACUGCAGAAGGAGCUGGAGGACGAAAGAGCCCAGGCUCAAUACCAUGCAGACAAGGCCUCGCAGGCAGCCAGGGAAAAGGACAGCUCUCAGGCCCAGCUGAAGGCGCUGAUCCAGCAAACUGAGGCGGCCCGCAGGGAGCUCGCUGAAAUCCUAGGCCGCUUGGCCCAACGCGAAGAAGAGCUCCAUCGCAAGGACGUGGAUCUGUCCGAGACCCGCCAGCGCCAGUUGUCACUGGAGCAGGAAAUCAGGGAGGUAAGGGAGGCCUCAGCUGCCCUAGAGGAGGAGACUCGGAAUCAGGCCGCCAUCCAGGCCAGACUGAGGGAAGAGAACCAAAGACUGGAGGAACGAGCUGACACCCAAGCCCGUCAUCAUCAGCGAGAGGAAGACAAACAGGUGGAGCUCCAGGCUGCCCUGAAGCAGAUGUCCUCGUCCCACGCUCAGCUAUCCCAGCGGUUAGCUGAGGAGGAGAGCUCCAGGAAAGACCUGCAGAAGGGCGCUGCCGAAUUACAGGCCAAACUUAAAGCAAUACAGGAGGAGAAGGCGGCGCUGGGGCAACAGCUGCAGGUCGAGAGGGAGGUUCAUCGGAAGGAACUGGACAACAUGAAAGCAAUAAUGGAGGACAGCAGGUCAAAGAAGGACCGAGAUGUGCAGGACAUGCUCAAACUCUGCCGACAUGAGCGGGAAGAAAUCCAGGCACAGAUGAAGGAGGUGAAGGCAGAUGCAGCAUCAGACAAGGAGCUGUGUGGGGUGCUGCGCAUCAAGUUGGACAGGAUGAAGGAUGAGUGUGAUAAGCUGGCAUCGCAGCUGAGCACAAAAGACGAGGCACACACACUCCUCCAAAGAAAGUACCAGCUCCUCAAACAAGAACUGGACGACAAAGUCAGGUUAAGUGAGCGGAGGCAUGUCUCUGAGUCACAGCUUAUUAAGCUGGAGGAGAAGGUUCUGCAGAUGGAGGCAGAACAAGAAGCAGUCCUGACAUCCAUGGGCGAGGAGCUGGACGCAGCCUGUCGGGGCCUGGCUCCAAACGGCGAAGACAAACUCCAGGCGAUCUCACAGAAACCUGGAUUAGUUAAAGACCCUCACCGCUGGAUAGCAGAGACAAAGUCCAAGCUGCGCUGGCUGUGUGAGGAAGUGCGGGAGUGCAACAAAAGAGAACAGAACCAGAGGAAGCAGCAUCAUCAGACUAAGGAUCAGCUGAAGGCCCUGAGGCGGAGCCGAGACUCGGAACAGGCUGCGCUCCUGCAGCGCCUCGACCAACAGGAGAAGCUGCUGCGUUCACUCAGCGCUGAAAAGAAAGAGCUGCUGGAGAGGAGUCGCAGUAAGGAGGAAGAAAUGAGGAGCCUUCAGGAUCGUGUUUUGGAUCUGGAAAUGAACACAAGACUAGCCCUGGACCACUUAGAGUCAAUUCCAGAGAAACAGUGUUUGAUGGAGAACUUCAAGGAUUUAGAGGAGUCACAGCGGCAAAGAGAGCUGGUAGAGCAGCGCUACACCAAGUACAAAGAAAUCGUCUGGGAUUUGCAGCACCAGCUGGACGAGUCUAAACGCAGGAUCCAGGAGUACAGAGACGAGAAGCUGGACGCCACAUCUCGGAGCCUGAGACUGGCUGCUCUGUCUUCCUCCAUCAAAGGCCCAAACACAUUCCUGAACAGCUCGCUGAGAUCUGACACAUUUUCCCCUCCCAAACGCCUGACCAGCUCAGACUUGGAUGACUCCACAGUGAACGGGACCAAACCCCUCUCAGAUUAGCCCGACCUCCAGUGAACCUUUAUCUGUAUCUGUCCAAACCCAAACACACGGUGCUCAGUCCAGCCUGAUCCUACCUGCCUGCUGCUCAACCAGAACAAAGAGUGACCUGACUGUACUCGGAGGCCUUGCACUCAGAUCUAAUCCUCCUCGGCUACCUCAACCAGGCAAUCACCGAAGGUGCUCCAGAGCACGGGGCAAAGACUGGGGUUUUUACAGCCAACUUUCACAAGUACUCGAAAGAAGAAAAGAGUUUUGACACUGUAAAAGAGAAAAUACACUACUGUAUAGUACUUGACAUGUUAUUUAUAAGAACUGAGAGUGAAUGUAUUUAAUGGAUGUGAAAAGGGUUUGCACAUUCAGGAGGAAACCAAAACAGUUACCUUUUUUACUACUACAUAUAACUGUUCAGCAGCAGUUCCAUAUUAUUUAUACUAUGACCAGCCUGGACUCUCCAUCUGUCACGCUGAUUUGUGCUAAAAUUAUUUUGUCUGCCUCGACUCAAAGUGAGAACAACUGGUGCCUUUUGGAAAAUAUGCAAUUGUGUUUUUUUCCCCACACAUACUAUGUUGGCUUUAUCACAAAAAUGUGACAAAUCUGUGCUUCUAUGUUUUGCCACUGCUUUUAAUGUAAUUAGCCAAUUUUAUAUUAUAUGACUUUUGUAUUAUUACAUCAUGCAGUAUGUCUUUGCAAAAACACAUUACUGAAAAACACAAAUGCCUAUUUUUUAAGUAAUGUUAAGGAAGCGUAUGUACUAAAAAUAAAUAUGGCAGAACACUUGA